AUGCCGCCGUCAUUCAGCCUCCCCCUCGCUGAUCUUUCCACAUUUUUUCUCGCCCUCUUCGCACUCGCAUGGUUCCUACCACGCGCUUUACUUGCCACAGUUGCCGUGAAGAGGCCCCUACCGCCUGGUCCUCCCACAGGUUGGUUUGGCAAUUUUAAUUUGCCAUCUAGCUAUCAGUGGCUUCAUUAUGCUAAGUGGAAAGAAUUAUACGGCGACAUCAUCUAUGUCUACGUUCUAGGCAACCCCAUCAUCGUCGUUAACUCGGCACAGGCAGCAGAGGAACUUUUUGAAAGGCGGAGCAGAAAAUAUUCCUCAAGGCCUGUCAGAACUAUGGUGGUCGAACUAAUGGGAUGGGAUUGGCUCUUUUCGUCAAUGCCGUACGGGAAGAGGUGGAAACAACACAGAUCUCUCUUCCAUCGUCAUUUUCACAGGCUGCUGACGUCGGAUUAUUACUCGGUCGUCACCAAGGAGACUUAUACAACUCUCCGAAAUUUGGCCCAUACACCGGAUGAUUUUGCUCACCACUUGCGCCGAACAGCCGCGGCUAUCGUUAUGAAAAUCUCGUACGGACAUGAGGUUUCAGACAAAGGUGACAUUUACGUCACAUUGGCAGACGAAGCGAUGCAGGGUCUUGGUAUGGCAGGCAUCUUUGGCACAUUUUUGGUUGAUUAUCUUCCAUUUUUAAAAUACGUUCCUGCACGCGUGCCCGGCGCAAAUUUCAAGCGUCAAGCGUCGAUCUGGCGCAAAAAGACUAGGGCCAUGAUCGACCAACCAUUUCAGGCAGUGAGGGAACGUAUGGCGAACGGCACUGCUAUUCCGUGUUUUGCGCAGAAGGAAUUAGAGAAGUUGCAACAGGAUGUAAAUUCGGAUCCCGACUAUGAGACCGUAAUUAAAAACGUAGCAGGUAUCUCCUAUGCAGUGUCUACCUUGCUUUCCUUCGUUCUGGCGAUGCUGGUUCAUCCCGAAGUGCAGACACGAGCGCAGCAAGAACUUGAUGAUAUUCUUGCCAUGGACCGCCUGCCAACGUUUGCUGACAGAUCUAAACUGCCAUUUAUUGACUGCGUUGUUUGGGAAUGUCUGCGAUGGAAUCCAGUACUCCCUAUGGGGUUGGCUCGCCUUGUAACUUCAGAUGAUGAAUACAACGGUUAUUUUAUUCCAAACGGUACCUCGGUCUUGCCCAACGUUUGGGCAAUCCUUCAUGACGCCGAUGUUUACCCGGAUCCGUUAAUUUUCAGUCCUGAGCGUUUCUCAGACCAGAAGAAGAACGAUGACCUUGGUAUCAACAAGCUUCCUUGGCCAGCCUUCGGGUUCGGAAGACGGAUGUGCCCUGGACGCUGGCUAGCUUACGAAACUGUUUGGUUUUCCAUUGCGUGCAUUUUAUCUGUGUACUCGAUCGAGAGAUGCAUUGAUGAAAAUGGCCUCGAGAUUGUACCUGAAGUUGCAUACACUUCCUCCUUGCUUAGCCGACCCAAGCCCUUCAAAUGUCGCUUUAUACCGCGCUCGGAAAGAGCCGAUGAAUUAAUCAAGGGUACCGCCUCCUGA